AUGGCCGAUGACGAGACGACCCCGUGCCUGGCGCGAUGCCCAAAGCGCGAGUCGCAGCCCGGGGAGUCGAGUCACGCGGCCUCUGAAUCAACACCACUCCUGCCGGGCGGACAGGAAAGAUCUCCAAGGGAUGGAGACUACCGCUCAAUAUCAUCGGCUGCCGAAAGCCAUCACGACCACGAACAUCCGCAGAAGCGCCGGCGAGUCAGAUGGCCCAUCGUGAUUUCUCUGACCUGCCUCUGUUUGGCAGUGGUUGCCAUUUUGGUUCUGGGGUUCAUCACCCCGUCCGCCGUUCGAGAAUACGCCAAAGAAGCUGCCGUCAUCGAACCAAUCGGCAUCUCGAUUGCUGCUUUUACGCAAUCCGCUGUACGCGCACGGAUUCGAGCGUCGUUUUCUCUCGAUGCGUCUAGGGUUCAGAAACCAUUUAUUCGGAAUCUGGGCCGUUUCGCAACCUGGAUUGGGCGAGAGGUGGAGACCGGGCAAACUGAUAUAAAAGUAUAUCUACCCGAAUAUGGAGACCUUCUGCUUGGGGUCGCAACGGUCCCGCCGCUAAAAGUGAAUGUUCAAAAUGGCUACUCAAAUAAGGUCGAUUUUCUCGCGGAUCUAAAGGCCGGGGAUAUUAAUGGAUUGCGAGGGGUUGCGAAUGCAUGGCUUGAUGGCAGACUUGAACGAUUACGUCUUAAAGGGGAGGCCUCAGUCCCUCUGCAAUCGGGUCUGUUUAAACUGGGGUCUCAGUAUAUUUCGGAGAUUUUUGUUCUCCAAGGACAAGACCUCCCUGAUUUUCCAGAUUUCAACGUCACUAAGUUGAAUAUCGACGAGUUUCAGUUACCAGACAAACGCAAGGUGCUAGCAGCGCACAUAUCAGCUAAGGUUCGGAAUAAGUAUGCAGUUGGAUUUACUGUUCCUUCACUUGCCUUCGAUAUUUUGGUUCCCAAUUGCUCGCCGGGAGAUGAUUAUAUUCUGCUUGGCAACGCUACAACCGAUGUUAUCGACAUUAGACCCAGGACUCCUGUAGCUGCAACAGUUACAGGACUGGUAUAUGAGGUCCCCGAUGCGUUAACGGCAGUGUGCCCUGGAAAAGCAUCCUCUCCUCUAGACCUUUGGGUCCAAAAGUACAUGAAUGGCCUUGAGACGUUUGUUUAUAUUCGUGGAGGAAAGUCUCCAUCAUCCUCGCUUCCUACAUGGUGUGAGCGCUUACUACGCAGUAUCACCUUCCCGAUUUCUAUCCCCAACAAGGGCCUUUCAAAUCUCAUUAAGAGAUUUUCCAUGUCUCAAAUACAUUUCUACCUUCCAGACCCGACCGCCGAACCUGGCACCCCUGGAGCGCAGCCAAAGGUGUCUGCUCUUGUUCAGGCUUUUAUUGAUCUCCCAGAUGAGAUUAAUGUGCCGUUGAACAUAUCACGUGUUCGUACUCUCGCGGAUGUUUUUUACAAGCGUAAGAAACUUGGUUACAUGAAUAUACAAAAGUGGCAAAAUGCGAGUGUUCGUCGCAUAACAGAGGGGCCUGAUCGCUCUCCAGUUUUACUGGUAGAGUUUGAUAUUAAGAAGGCUCCGCUGCAAAUUGUUGAUGAGGAUGUUUUCACCGAUGUCAUGAAAAGAGUAAUAUUCGAUGGCGAGGAGGUUGCUCUGCAUCUGAAGGCGAAAGUUGCUGCGGAAUUGGAUACGGCUCUCGGACAGUUUGUAGUUCGUGACAUUCCUGCGAGUGGUAAUAUCACUGUGAAAUCACCUCUUGGUGAAGGACUGGGCGAUGUAAAGCCAAAAAUCGACUCAAUCAGAAUAACGCAAACGACAGCGUCUAGUAUCUCUCUUGAGGCGACUCUAAAUUACACCAACCCAACGAAUUACUCGGCAAAUAUUCCUUACAUCGAUAUGAGGCUGGCUUAUAACGGUUCCAAUGUUGCCAACAUUGUAGGUCGUAAUUUGUCCGUAUCACCCGGCAAAAAUCCUUUGGUUACAAUAGAAGGGCUUUGGAAUCCGUCCAAUUCCAAAGGUCCGCAUGGGAUCAUCGCUGGUCGAGACUUGAUCUCUCGCUACGUAUCAGGCUUAAACACCAGUGUCACAUUAAGUGCAUACUCCGGCUCUAUUCCGGCCCUGCCCGCACUUGGAAGAGCGCUUUCAAUACUUCAAAUCGAAGUACCAGUACCAAAACUCCAUCUUCCGGAUGAUGACGAUAAUGACGGAAGCCCCGAUGAUCACGAUCGACCACAAUUCAUCAAAGAUGCCACGGUAUAUCUACUGUCUUCGACCGCAGAUUUCACAUUAUUAUCCCCUCUUUCUAAAACAACGCUCUUCAUCACAUCUAUAAACGCUACCGCUCUAUACAAUCAUACCUCUCCGGUUGGUCAGAUUCAAUACGAUUCGCCAUUCUCGGUUCCGCCGGGAUCGUCGAAGACUCCCCGGCUUCCUGUGGAAAUAGAUUUUAGCGGUGCAGGUUACGAAGCUCUUAAAAAAGCAUUAGGAGGCACAUUGAAGAUAGAUUCUAUUGCAGAUAUUGGAAUUAAAUUGGGUGAAUAUAUCGAGACAAUAUCCUACUGGGGUAAGGGAAUCGGCGCCAAGGUACGAUUAUAA